UACCUGCUGAAUGUGGCUCCAUCUUGUUACACUGCAACUCACUGUAAGGAAGCUAGCCUGCUGCUUGGGUAUCAUUGCGCAAAAUCAUUACUUCCCUCAGCAACAGCUAAAACCAGCCAAUAGGCACAGCUUUUGUACACGGCGAGUGCCUCACACAAAUCUGCCUCUUUUUCAUACUUCGCUGUUUUCUUUAAAACGUGACGAGGGCGGGGCGUAAGGCGCUCAGUGCAAUGGCUGCGGUUUGUACUAUAACAGGCACCGUAGUUAGCGGGUCACGUGGUAGUCGCGGAAGUGACGGGGAAAUCGUGUGAAUGUCAAGUCCUUUGCGGUGUUGUGGCUGCCAGUUAGUGUUGCGGUGCAGUUCGGACACAUAGGGGGAGCUGCUGACUGAAGGACAGCAAUGGCUUCUCCCAAACGCUAUGCAGAUAUUGGUUACAGACUCUUUUCUGGAUCAAUGAUGCUGUUGACGCUAUAUGGUGGUUAUUUGUGUAGUGUUCGGGCGUAUCGUUAUUUCCAGCGUAGAGAACAACUGCGCUUGGCAGCAGAAAAUCAGACUGAAGAAAUCAUGAAAGACUGAAUCAAUCAUUCUGGCUCCAACCUGAACACAAACCCAAUCUGUCCAGCAGGGAGCAUGUUGCCUUUACCAUGAAAUGGCUUCCUGUUGAAUUCCAUCUUGAGGUUCUGGGAUUGAAAAUAUCAGUCUCUUGUGUAUAAAUGAUAACUUAUCCCCUUUUCCUAAUGUUCAGCAAGUAGACAAUUAAAAUAAAAUGUAUUUUUUUUUUUUACAAACUGAA